CCCCAACGGCGGGAGGAUGGUGGAAGGUCCCGGCUGCACGCUGAACGGGGAGAAGAUCCGGGCCCGCGUGGCCCCCGGGCAGGCGGUGCGGGGCGUGCGGGGAAGAGCCCCGUCGACACCCCCGGCCCGGUUUAAGAUCACGGCAGGACGAGGCGCUCCCGCGGCCGCCUCUUCCCCUAACACGGUUAGUAGCGUCUGCACUCCGCAGCCGGCGCGGAUCUAAACCUCCGCUCCACCCCCGCUGUGGUUAUAGGAAUGACUGCAGGGAAGGAGUCGGACGGCGUUGUUCCCAGGGCUCCCUCCCCCUUCAUAAGAGCAGAGGUUGAUGGUCACCUGUCAGGGAUGCUUUAAGUGAAGAUAGAUGACCCUCGGGGUUCCUUUCAGCCCUAUGAUUCUAGGGCUAUCCAAAGACACAUCCAGCCAGAUCUGCUUCUGGGAGUCCACAAGCAAAAACGAGGAAUACCUGUGGUCUUCCAGGUGUCUUUGGACUGCAGCUCCCCGCCCCCCCCCCCCAUCCCUGACCAGCCUCCAAGUUGGCUGCGGGCCUGCUGCUGAUGGGAGUAUUUGCUGAUAUCGCCAAGGUUUCAGGUUUGAUCCCAUUUUAUGGCACAGCUGCAUGUUCCUGCAUUGCAGGGGGAGGCCUCGAUGAUGCUCAGGGUCCCUUCCACCUCUGAUUCUAUGAAGAUCAGUGAGCAGGAUCCACACGCCAGCUUGCUUUAAGCCCGUUUUGCAUAUUAUUGGUGUGAUAAGGGCAGAGGGCAGAUUGCUAGUUCUGCUCCCUGGUGUUGGAAAAGCGCUGGCCCCUGGGUCUGAACACCCACACAUUGGCACAGACGUGUUCCCGGGAGGAAGCUGUUCUUGUCUAGGCUUCCAUACAACGAGGGUGUGGCAUUGCAACAACAGCGCUUCCUGCCUCAGCCCCAAAGCCCCGUGACUGAAACGACUUGCUAGGAUUACUUCAGCUGCUGUUCCUGAAAAUGCAUCCAUUAUAGAAAACCCAUUUAAACUAAUGGAAAGGACUGAAUGUGUUAUUGGUUGUGUUGAUAGGAUUUUAGGGCUGUAUCAGCGUGUGAUGCGUUUACAAAGGUUAUUGCCAUGAGCAGAUUUGCAGACUGUAAAGGAGGGAAAUGGCAUAUGAAUACAGUGGUACCUCGGGUUACAUACGCUUCAGGUUAGACUCCGCUAACCCAGAAAUAUUACCUUGGGUUAAGAACUUUGCUUCAGGAUGAGAACAGAAAUUGUGCUCUGGCAGCGCAGCGGCAGCAGGAGGCCCCCAUUAGCUAAAGUGGUGCUUCAGGUUAAGAACAGUUUCAGGUUAAGAACAGACCUCCAGAACGAAUGAAGUUCUUAACCCAAAGUACCACUGUACUUAAAUAAAUCUUACCACUGAGUUUUUACCAAUGAUGUUUGCAUGGCAAGUAUGGUGCCCUUUGGUCCCCUUCAUUCCAUUUUGUUAGGCUCUAUAUUAUAAUAUUGUGGCACAGUAUUGGGCAGGGCAUGUUACACAUUGUAUAGGUUGCAACAGCGAUGUAUGCCAUCCAGGCUGCCAGUCCUGUUCCUAAAACUAAGCAUCUGCAAGGUUGCCCAGUAAACAUUCCUUUGUUGCAUGUCAGAAUUACAACAGACAUGACUGAUUGACAUGAGGUUUGUAUAGCUGACACAAUCGUCUCGUCCCCAGUAAUCAUCACUUCUGACUGUUUCAGCGAUUUCGGGCAGCUGUUUGUGAGGGGUUUUUUUGUUUUUUGUUUUUCCCCUGCACAAAACACUUAAAAAGAAAUAACUGGCAAUCUGUAAUAUAUUCUUGCCAUUAACAUAAUAAAUCAACCAUAACGAGUCUGAUUAAUUUGAAGAGUUGGUAGAGCUUGGGCAAACAUCUAACACAUGUAAGAAAUAAUGAGGAAAGUGUCCUCGAGUCACUUUGCCUAAUUAGGAAGAUGGCAAUUUUUUAAAAAAUAAAAAUUUAAAUAAAUAAUAAAAAAUUAUUAUAAGGAAGCCUGUUAUACAAUAUCUGCUAUAGAGUCACUGUCAUGGAGGUUUUUUUAAAAAGAAAAGUACAGGGAAAGAUCACAUACUGAAAUUGGCUCACAGGGAAAAAAAAGCAAAGCAGGUGGAUGGAGUUGUUUGUUUGCUUAAAAAUGUACUAAUGAGGCCUGCUGUUGGUGUGAAUGCACAGGACAAGGGAAUAGGGUUCUGCUCCUCCGCUUCCCCACUUCUUUCCCCAUGUACACAGCAUGCAAUUUCUCCACAAGUUUUGAUCACUUGUGUUGCCAGCAUAAAAUUACUCUGUUGGGGCUUGUGGAACUUUAUAGAGGAAAAGAUGUUGGAAUAUAAAUGAGCAGCUUGGGUUAAUGAGCUGUGAACAUCCAAGGCUGUAUUCCUGAUUGGUGGGGUGGGGGGUAUGGAGGAGACUCCCCACCCACCCACCCUGUCUUUGUUCAAGUGCAAGCAAGGAAAUUUUAUUAGAGGAAACAUAAUCCUCAAAAGUACUCUGGUUACGUGGUCUUUCGUUGGAAAUAUAUAGUAGAUAUUGAAAAUGCACAAAGUGUUCUCUGUUUAGGUUGUUUGUAAAGACAUGUUUGGCAUAAAUAGUAAAUCCCGACAGCACUUUGUAUAUAUAUUUUUUAACAAGUGGUAUCUUUUAUUUUGCCUUUGUAACAUAACUUGUGUUGCUUUUCCCUAGGAUACUGUAGCUUUUUUUUACUCAGUAGAAUCUGGGCACCUUGUAGCUGUACACAAAGCCAAACAACUCAGCACGAGGCACUGAGUCUGGUGUGUUUCCCACAGAAGGCCCCACAUCCAAUCUCUUGACAUCUGCAGGUGGGGCUGAGAAGGCUCCCUGCCUGAAACUUUGGAGAGUCACUGCCACUGUCCUCUGGGUUGUUAGCCACCCCUCCCAGUUUGGUGUCAUCUGCAAAUUUGAUGAGGAUGCCCUUGAGUCCAUCAUCCAAGUCGUUGAUAAAGAUGUUGAAUAAGACCGGGCCCAAGACAGAACCCUGUGGCACCCCACUAGUCACUCUUCUCCAGGAUGAAGAGGAACCAUUGAUGAGCACCCUUUGGGUUCGGUCAGUCAGCCAGUUACAUGCCUUACCCAAGGUAGCUCACAGUAUCAUGAAACCCCCCCCCCCACUAAACAUAGCAAUAAAAAAUAGUCAGUCUUACUUACUUGAAUUUCUUCACACCUCAGUGGCAGGCAAGGGGAAUCGCAUGACUAACUGCACCUCCCAAACUUGCGCACACAGAAAACUACAUGUAGUGUGUUUGGAGGAAUUCGAGGUUAUAAUCUUUCUCUCUAGUUGUUGUUUUCAUUCAGUGAGGGUUGUCUUUCACAAAACCAUGUCAUCCCCUUUCCUCAGUUUUGGGGUGUCUAAGAACACUUCUAUCCUGUGAUAAAGGUUUGUGGAGACUUAGUCCCCAUUCAUGUUAAAUGCCAGUGACAUGGAAGCCCUGUGGUAUCUUCUUGUGUUCCUCUGGUAAGUGUCUGGAUACAAAAAAACCUGCAGGGUCAAGUUCAGUUGUAUGAUUUCUUCCAAGCUGAGGUGGCCACUGGGCUGGGAGGCAGGGUGAUCAUAGACCACUAAGAACCAAUGCAAUUGACUGUUCUAGUACCAGUUCCUUUUUCCGUAUGCUUACCGGACUCUAGCUCCUUUCUCCAGAGAAUAUACUUUGAAAAGUAAAGUCAUUUCCUGAAAGCAGUUUUCAAACAGCGUGUACAUAAUCAACUUGGAAAAGGCAUCAUCUGUUUGUUGUACAUGGCCUCUGCUAUUUAGGAGGUGGUAGAUUAAGGCACCAUACCGUGGGUGGAUUUGCUUCCAGAUGAUCGCCAGUGAUGGCUUAGCCUUGCUUAGCUUGAGGAAAAAAUGACAUUCAUGGUUAACAAUGGCAGGGCAUAGUAUGUGGAAGCCUACAGCCAGCAUGGCACACUGUAAACUAAGGAACACUCUCGUUACAUGUUGAACAGAAUAAGCUUCAGUCCACCCUUCCUCAUGAGCCUAUUUUUACUUGAAUCACAGUCACAAAGCUGGAUGAAUUUCCUGCUUUUGCGGUGUGAUUGGGAGAGCAAAAAUGAAGCGGUUGUCAAGCAUCUGUCAGGCCAUAAUGUAUGGCCAGUGGGCUGAGUUUGGCUUGAGAAUGAACCAGUUAUGCAGGGCUGGUGUAGAAAAACAUCUGAAAAACGAGGUCAUUAUCAACUGUAUGCCUUGUUGGAUGCACUCAAAAGUAAAUUGGCCCUGAAACAUGUUAUUGAAAUGCACCAAACUAUUCAAAACUGAUACUGGCUUUGGUCAGGCUGAUGGAAAACCACUUCUAAAGAAGCCUAAGUUCGCUCCCAUUCACCCUCAGAUUUUAUGCAUCCAACAGCAAGUUGUUAUCCUGUCUGAAAUAAUCAUAAAUUACACCAUGACCUUCAGUUUACAACAUGUUCUAUUUCACAAAGACAUCUAGAAAUUCAAAGAACAAAUUGGCAAUUGAGAAAACAGUAAUCUUGGGCCUUUAAAUUAUUUAAUAUUGUGUGAGUAGCAAGGAAGAUAUUUCAUAAACAGUGUCAGCAUAUUAUAGUAGUUUGGCAAAUAAAUAGCUAAGUGUUGAUGCAUAGUGUUCAGCAUUUAGCAUGUAGUCUUCCAAGAGUUUUUGCUUGAAUCAUUUCUUACAUUCUGUUGUACUGACAGAAGGGUCCUAGUGGAUAACCAUAGACUUGCACAAGUUGGCUUCAUACAAAUAUUUGGGCAUUUGGUUUCACGAGUCUUUCAGCUGGAGAACUCAGAGCAAACUGACAAGGACCAAAGCGGAGCUUAGCACGAAUGUAAUUAGUUUUCUUUUGUACAAACAUUGGAAGAUUUGUCCAAGUGGCCAUUUGUGUUUUUAAAACCACCAUUUUGAUCUCAGAUUCUUUUUGGCGCACCUAUUUGGUUUCUGUGCUUUUAAAAUCUAUCUAGAAGGAGUUCCAUCAUACAUUCUUAGAUUUAUAUUUGGCACAAAAUUCCCUUUACUUAUUUUUAUUUUAUUGUUGUUUUUAUUGUUUUCACACCACUCAGGUGAUUGGGAAUAAAGUAUCCAGUCAAGACGUCUUAAGUGUGCUUAAUGGAUGUGUUUACAGUGGUGUGGAAACUCUGGGGAAGGAGCUGUUCAUGUAUUUUGGACAGAAAGCCUUGCGGUAAGUAAAGUGUACAUAAUUUGGAGGAAAUAUUGCCCAACUUUAUUAAGCUUUGUUGAAAAAACUGGGCUUUAAAAAAAGGUGUUGCUUGCUCUCUCCAUCUCUGCACGCUGACAUGGUUUGCAUCUCACACUAAGCCAAACCAAGGUGUUGCAUGAACACUCAAGUGCAGCUCCCAGAGAGGAGCUCAUGGUUGCCUUGCUCCUCCUUGGUGGUACUGUUGCUGAGCUAGCUAAGCCCAUGGUUCAGCUUACUCUGUCAUCCAAACCAGGGUUCUUGGUUUAGCUCUCCUGAACAAACCACAAGCCAUAAACCAUAGGACAAACCUUGGUUAAAACUCAUGGUGAGUCUGGAGAGAGCUAAACCAUGAGCCUGGGUUCAAAUCACACCCCAAGCCAUGACUUAGCUCAGUGAAAGCAUGACAAUGACCAGGAGGGAUCAAAGUGGCUGCAUUACUUCUCUGCGUAACCACACGCUUUUGUGAUAAGUUGUGGUUUGGCUUAGUGCGGUAUUUGAACUAGGCCGCUGAACGCAUUCUCAUACCGACUGCAAACUUUUCAACCGUUGACAUAAGAAUAUAAGAAGAGCUCUGCAUCUGGUUGUAGUGAUUGUCUAGAACUGCAGAAAAGAGAGGAAGCUGGUAGACAAGAGUCUGUUUGUAAGAGAUGCACAGUCUAGCAAAAAGCCGUUUGUUCACGCAGUGUGACAAAGGCCUUCAUUAGCGGAUUGGUGCUCACAUGGAGGUGAAUGUGUUGAGACAAAUAUAUAUACAGUGGUACUUCAGGUUACAUACGCUUCAGAUUACAUACGCUUCAGGUUACACACUCCGCUAACCCAGAAAUAGUGCUUCAGGUUAAGAACUUUGCUUCAGGAUAAGAACAGAAAUCGGGCUCCGGCGGCGCGGCGGCAGCAGGAGGCCCCCUUAGCUAAAGUGGUGCUUCAGGUUAAGAACAGUUUCAGGUUAAGAAUGGACCUCCGGAACGAAUUAAGUACUUAACCCGAGGUACCACUGUAUAGCUAAACAGCUGAUGACCAUAGAAGGGGGAGAUUAAGAUACAAAAAAUUAAUACCAAUUACAGCAAAAGAAGAACCCCAACUAAAGCCCCAAACAGUACCCCAGUUCAUCAGUCUGUUCAGCAGCCAUAGCCAUUGUAGUUGGAGUUAUGCCAGAGUAGGUGAUAAGCUGGAAAUAGUUAAUGUUCUGAACUGAGGGAUAUUCAGAAAUGUCUUUCUUUUCUAGGAUCCACUUUGGCAUGAAUGGUUCCUUGCUUAUAAGUGCAGAUGCAAGCCAGAACAGAAGUGGAGAAUGGACAGUUCUGGAAAUACAACUUACUAAUGAUUUGGUUUGUUUCUACGAUGCAACUGUUGAACUUAGGUAAAGCCAUGCAUGUUUUCCUGUGAUACGUUUUUACAAGAGUUCCUGAAGGGGGAAAUACGGUGGCUCCAAGUUGGAAACGUUGCAAGAUGGCUUAAAUCAAGCGAAAACUAUGCUUAAAUUCAAGUAGUUCCUUUUAUUUGCUUUAUAAGCGGGGUGGUGGUGGUAGAAGAAUAGAUGUUUGCAAAAUGCCUGGAUACACACUGGAAAUAAAUGAAUAAAUUGUUAUCCAUAAAACUUACAAAAGAAUAUACUGCCCUCUCACAAAAAUAUCGGGGUAUAAUAUGUAUAACACUACAUUGCACAGCGAUAUAAGAACACAUGUGUAAGAUCACAUAUUUGUACUCCACAUUUAAUGGAGAAUAGUUGCUUCCUUGCAAUCUUUGCUCAUAAAUAAAUGCAUGUUUGUACUAGGGCUGCAGGGUUGAAUCAACUUAUUCAUUCAUUUCUUAAAAGUUGACUAAAAAUAUGCCCUUAUUAAUCAGGCAACAGAUUUCUUCCCCUCCCUACCCACCCAAAGUAUUGCUAUAUAGUAAUGGGAGUCCUGUAGUCUUCCAAAUGUUGGUAUACAAAUAUCAGGUGAUGGACUGGUUGGUAGCCUCACCCACCUGCCAAAGAGAUCUGGGAUGGGAUUUUGUUCCAUCUACUGGAAAAGGUUUCACACCCCUGGUUUGCUUAGACAAGCUAAUUUCAAACUUUUGCUUAUGAAGUUUUAUUCAAUAACCCAUAGUUACGGUUAACCACAGUUUACAGUUCUGGCAUAAUGUUAAACUGUGGUAAAUCAGAAUGGAGCUUAAAAAAAAAGUUCCUGGUUUAGAACUAUGGAUUGCUUCCUGCUAAAUCCAGCCUGGCUUUGGGCAGUUUUGUUUUCUCUCUCUGAUACUACCUACUGAUAAAACAACUACUUAAAUAUUUUAAUUGCACAAUGCAUUGCUCACCUAGUCUCCGCUUACAACAUAUACCCCCCUCCCUUAACCUUGCAGGAAUGCUGCUGAAUGUGAACAGAAAGUCAGAAUGCUAGAAAACUUGGAUGUAUGCUCUCCAGAAUUUAGUUUUCUAAGAGCAGAAGGUGAAAUUAAGAAGCAAAAGGGACGUAUGUUAUGUGAUGUGUUGCUCGACCAGGCAGUCCUACCUGGAGUGGGAAACAUAAUAAAGAACGAAGCACUUUUUGACAGUGGUCUCCAUCCAGUUGUUAAAGUAUGUGAAAUAUUCCUGGCUUCCUCCUGCUUGCAGGUUUGAAUUGCGAGAACCAGAGUUUAAGAAAAUAUAUGCAAAUCUGUACCAUUUUCAUAAUGGUAACAGAAUAUUAGGCACCUGGCCAUGGCAGUUUCAAAAAGCAGAAGAAUCUUCAAAAGAAUCUUCUCACAAAAGGGAUGUGGCAUGCAAGUAACGAAGAUUGCUUUUCCUUACAAAUUAAAUAAGUGGUCUUGAGAAGAAAAUAAUUCAGGUUGAUAUUUCCAUAUUGGGCAAGUGUGCUAAAAUGAACAGUUUAAAAAGUAGUAAAAACUCACAAAGUAUUCAAGUACAGUGGUACCUCGGUUUAUGAACAGCCCUGUUAACGAACUAUUCGGUUUACGAACUCCGCAAAACCAAAAGUAGUGUUCCGGUUUGCGAACUUUACCUCAGUCUACGAACCGAAGCCAAAUGGUGGAAGGGCACUAUUGGGUGGGAGGUCUCAUUAGGGAAAGUGCCCCUCGGUUUAAGAACGGAUUUGGUUUAAGAACGGACUUCAGGAACGGAUUAAGUUCAUAAACCGAGGUACCACUGUAUCUUUUUUAAAAGCCAUACGAUGAUAAAAUUGGUCCCUGAUGAUGAUUUUCUGGUGCCUGAAAAGUCCUAUGAUGAUAUUUAUCUCCUUGGGGGUUCCUGACUUUAUGUGUGCCGCCCCCCGAACCAAAUCCUUGCGUAAAUGGUGGGUCCACUGUAUAUCAACUCCCUACAUUUGAUCUGGAGAGGCCGGUGGGAAAGGGGACCUGGAAACAGCCAUAGUUCAGUUGUAACCAAGCUGAUUAAAAUUCCAGCACUGAUCCCCUUUAAGUGAUUGUCAAGACAGAAGUUAAUGGCACUACCUGGUGUUCAUGUUUGUGGUAGAAUUUUAUACAUGUCUUCUCAGAAGAAAGUCCACAGACUUCAAUGUGGUAUACUCCCAGAUACAUAUCCAUAGGAUACCAGCCUUAAAACAAUUCUAGUUGUCCCGUUACCAGUGAUGUGGCUUCUUAAGAUAGGGGUUCCAUGUCCUCAGCCUUUCUUUAUUUUAAGCAGUGACCCACUGUGGCUUGGAGAGUCCUUGGCUGUCGUUUUUUAAACCUCUGCUCCAAAUUCCAGGCCUGUCAGCUAACGGAUGAGCAAGUACAUCACUUGGUGAAAAUGACUCGGGAUUUCACGCUACUCUUUUAUAAGGUAGGGAGAAAGCCCUUUCUCAAGAGAUCUUCGAAAACUGCAUUAAAAUGUAAAUGCUGAACAUGUGUCUUGAUAGUAAAAAUGUUUUUAACACCAUUAGUAUAAAAUUGCUUCACCCAGCCAAUUGAUUGAAGAGGCUUUUUCUCCCUGGCUGAUUGAAAAUUGCCUGUGGAAUCCAAAGGGAAAUGCACUUGAGUCUUUUAAUUUUCAUAGGACUUGGGGCCAACUGAUGUAUUUAGAAAAAGUAGGAAAGAGCUGUGCCACUCCACUAGAGAGCCCAGGCAGAGAAUUACAUGAUUCAAUGUUCCCAAGCCAUCAGAAAUUAUCUGGAUAUAGAAAGGUAGCACAACCAGGGGAAGUGGUUUUGGUCUUCAGCAUGCUAGGUUUCUGUUUGAUUAUUUUUUUAAUAAGAAAAAUGUAAUGUGAACUCUCCUGGAGUGCUGCACUAUCAGCUUUUUCUGUCCAGGUUGGUUGGUGCUUAAGCACCAUUGAUGGCAACUGCCAGAGAACUGGUAACUAACCCAUCAUCCUUUGCACUGUCCUUAAAAGAUGAAUUGCAUUGCUUGACGUCUUGCUUACCUGUAAGUCAGAAAGCUAGGGGAAAUGUUGAUGGUUUCUUUUCUCUUUUUUGCUGAUAACCUUUUGCUUAUUUUGCAAAUAAGAAAUAUGGGUUUGUAACAUAUAUAUAUAUAUAUAUAUAUAUAUAUAUAUAUAUAUAUAACUUUUUUAAAAAUUAAAGAGCUUAUUGGUUCACAAAAAAAUGUGCAUUGUUGAAUUUCAACCAAGGGGAAGCGAGGAAGUCACUUAACAAGGUCAAUAAGUAUAAUUUUUAAUAAGGUUAUGAUUUUUGUUUGUAUGUUUGUUUUGUUCAUUUAUAAUUUUGUGAAAAUUAAUUUUAAAAAUUGAGAGAAAAAAUGUGCAUUGUCUUUUUCUGACAACAACAAAAGCCCUGCAGUGAUUGACAAGCAAUUAAAAAAAAAGCAAUGAUAAAUUUAUAAGAACAUAUUAAAAGCAGAUUUAACAAAAUAGCAUCAUUUGUGCUGCCCUAGGAAAACAAACCUCUUUGCCUGGUGCCAAAACAAGGCUGAUGCAUGGUUAUUCCUCUGGGGAGAUCAUUCUAUAAAGGGGAAGCUAAUUUCCAGGACAGAAAAACAGGAAUUUCUCAAAUUCAUGGAACUUUUUUUAACUGCCCAAAGUGUGAAUGUAUUUAAAUCUCUCUUUUUGGAUUUUAUUUUAUUUUUUCUAGUCAAGGAUAAAAUGAUUUGACAAUGGGCUGGAGCUCUGGCUUUCUAAAUCACACGAAUAAUAAUUCAGUUCUCUGUUCCAGUGUCGCAAGACGGGAUCAGCGUUGUAUAAGCAUUACAGGGUGUACAAGCGCCCUAACUGUAGUCAGUGCAGAGCAAAGAUCACGGUGUGCCGCUUAGGAGAGAAUAACAGAAUGACGUACUUCUGUCCUCUGUGCCAAAAGGACAAGCCUCAGCUUGUGGAUCCUGGGUAGGUUGUUCACCUUUAUCAAACAUUUUCUAAAUUAUCUCAGCAUUCUGAGAAGAGCUGGUUUUAGAAAUGCUAACCUUUUGCUCAAUAGCUCUCCAGCUUGUCCAGUGUCAAAAUCCAACCUUUGGCGUUUGUUUGUUUUAAAUGGCAUUCUGUAUUUUUCUGUCACUCCUUCCUCCUCUCUCUGGGCUACCCCUGCCCAUUGCCCAGCCACCUGAAUUAAGCCAGCAAUUCUGUACGCUAAACCUUGGAGCGAAUCCUAUUGAACUUAUUGGGACCAAGUAGAUAUGAAUAGGCUACCACAGGAAAAGAGUUGAAUGUGCACCAGGGAUGUCCAACCGGUCAAUUGCUAUCAAUCUAUGUUUACAAAAUGCCUGAAUACACUGGAAAUAAAUGAAUAAGUUGUUAUCCGAAAGAAUAUACUGCUCUCUCACAAAAUAUCAGGGUAUAUAACAUGUUUAACAGUAAGAUCACAUAUUUGUACUCCACAUUUACAGGAGAAUAGUUGCUUCCUUGCAAUAUUUGCUCAUAAAUAAAUGGAUGUUUGUACUAGGGCUGCAGGGUUGAAUCACCUUAUUUUUUAAAUGUCCUGAUUAAUCAGGCAACAGACUUCUUCCCCUCCCUCCCUACCCACCCAAAGUAUUGCUAUAUAGCAGGGAUGUCCAACCGGUCAAUCACGAUCUACUGGUAGAUCGCAGGGCCUCCCUGGUCGAUCCAUGUCUUUCAUGUGAUCCUGACUGAUUCACCCCCCAAAAAAAUACUUUGGCUCCCUAAAAAAAGCUUAACAACUUUGGUCAAUCCAAUGGGUAGAUCACUGCAAGUUUUUUUAUAGUGUGAGUAGAUUGCAGUCUCUUGGGAGCGGGACUCCCUGUAGUACAUCAAUGGAACUUAGUGAUAUAAUGAACAUUUCCUGCAUUCGAUGAGCAAGGCUGCAAUCCUAAAGGCACUUUCCACAGAAAGUGGGGUACAGCAAGGCUGCAAUCCUAAAUCCUGGUAAGGAAGUCCCAUUGAACACAGCAGGGCUUAUUUCAAGGAAGGCAUGCAUAGGUUUGUGCUGUAAGUAGCCCACCUACUUUUUCUUCGUCUUCCUUUAAAUAUUUCUCAUCCCACCUCUUCUCUCCCUUAGACAAAGUGGUUAUUUUUAGGGCCGUAUUCCCUGAUUCUAAAACAGUAGGGUUAAGGAGCGCAUUCACUGCUGGAGUCACACAGAUAUCUUAUUUUCAUCCCCUUGUUUCUCUCAUGCAAAAUAAUGCAGGCAGCAGGGUUUCAGCUUGUUAAGCUGCAGAUGGAGGAUGUCUACUGAGAGCACCAGGGGGGCAAGCUUUUAUUGAGAAUAUUUUCUCCACGAUUCAGAAAAGGGGAGAAAAGAAAAAUUCUGCUACCUUCUAGCUAAAUUGGAAGAGAUUUUCAGGGAGGAUCGUUUUAAGAACAUAAGAAGAAUUCUGCUAUUUAAGACUAAAGGCUUGCCUAGUUCAGCAUCCUGUUUCUUACCUUGGUCCACGAGAUACCUCUGGAAAACCCAGAAGGAGGGCAGCAGCCUACUUUCAUGGAUGUCCCCCAGUGGUAUCCAUGUACAGUGGUACCUCGGGUUACAUACAUUUCAGGUUACAUAUGCUUCAGGUUACAGACUCCACUAACCCAGAAAUAGUGCUUCAGGUUAAGAACUUUGCUUCAGGAUAAGAACAGAAAUUGUGCUCCGGCGGUGUGGCAGCAGUGGGAAGCCCCAUUAGCUAAAGUGGUGCUUCAGGUUAAGAACAGUUUCAGGUUAAGAACGGACCUCUGGAACGAAUUGAGUACUUAACCUGAGGUACCACUGUAUAGCUAAACCGUUGCUGUGAGGGCAGUUCUCUGGCCUGAUGCAAUACCUGCCUUUUUCUUAGAAUGAAUUAUGUAUUUCUCCUCUUCUCUCCCCUCCCCCCGCAAAAAAAUCGGGUGUACUCUUUGGGUAGGUACAUUUAAGACUGCAGUGAUAGCAUGCCACGUUAAACUAUGGUUUGGUCAGGAUAACAAACCGCUGAGAUGGGAAAGCAAGAAGAAACAUGUGAUUGAAAAUGGCUUCCAUCAUUCAUUCCAUUCCCUGGUUUCCAAAUCACAAGGGGGGAGCCUGCACAUUAGCAUCCUGUCCCAUCUACAGGCUGCCCCCACAAUGAAUGGAUAUUGGAGGCUGUGGGGUUGGAGCUAGCAAGCAUAAGUCCACUCUCUCCUCCUCAUAUGAUUGAUUCUUGAAUACAUGAGGAACGAUGCCCAAUCAGGGUUAUUUUGUUGAAAUCCAAUUUUCAAGUAUGGAAGAAUUUGAGAAUUAGGCCGGAACACAAAGUUCCUUUUUAUGUCCCCACCCCCCACCCCCCAGAUCAAAAUAACUCAUCUGUAUCUAACAAUCUCAGUGCAGGAUACACAGAAGCAUGAAACAACAGUUCCAAUCACAAGCGGGGGACAGAGUGGGCAGACCUCUUCUGAUCUACACGCGUCCAUAGGAACAUGUGUAUAGAGCCCUCUAUAUAUGGCAGCUGUUAUGACUGUACAGGGCAAGGGAGGAACCUAAUCUCCAUCACUUCCUGGCCUAGCAUGUGUAUUGAAUCUAUUUGGAAAGUCUAGAAGGGCUGGAUUGCAUAGAUCAGGGAUGGGCUGCCUGUGACCUUUCAGACAUUGUUGGACUUCAUCAAUUCAAGCCAGCAUGGCCAACCACCAGGAAUGGUUGGCGUAAUGAUUGAAGAGCUUCCAGAGAGCCAAACAGUAGCCAUCCCCGGUACAGGUGGCUGAUAUGCCACUGUGUUUUAUCACCCAGUGCUUUGAAAUAAGUAAACUCUUAUUGUUGUUUUUUGGGAAAUACACUUUUGAGGGGCGGGAAUAGUGCCCUUCCCAUUCCAUGUCUCGAUAGCCAAGUUCACAGCCUUGAUAAACCCUCAAGGCGAAACUGGAGCCUCCAAGCUACCAGACGCAGCAGCCCAACUUUCCCCCUCGCUGGUGGCCAAGCUAUUAGAAUCCAGUGUUGAAUCUCCCAUAUAACCCCUGGUGGAACACAACGCUCAGAACAAACCUCUCAACAUGUUAACAUCAAUUUCCCCCUUUCUUUCAUUGUGCAGCAAACUGCCAGGAAGAAAUGGUUUAAUUGGCUGGGCGUACAGCAGGGGGUCGUCUUGUAAGGAACAAGUUGCUCAGGAAUCGGAAGAGGAGUGGGCCUGUACACUAUGCACGCUGAUAAACAAGCCGUCUGUCAAACUCUGUGAUGCAUGCCUGACUCCAAGGCCUGAGCGUAAGUCUAUAUGGUUGUCUGACUGGCAUCGUAAUGUAUUACAGCAGUGCAAGUAACAUGGAACCGUUUUGCUUUGCUUUGUGUUUUUUCUACUCCUGUUCACAACAUACAGGUAAUAUGUUCAUUAAUACGCUGGUCCUAAAUGCCUAUUACUUGCCCUAAUGCUUCAAAUCUGAAAUAGUAUAUGAGGAGGAAGACAAAGAAUAUCAUUGAUAUUAUUUUAUUUCAGAGUUGCUUUAUACUUUGUGGCAUGGUGCAUGCACUGUUCCCUCCCCCUCUCUUUUUCUCUCUGCAGAAAAUGCCACUCCCAUUUAGCUAGACAUGUCCCCAAACAUUUAGAGACAUGUGACGGACAUGUGGUUGGAAUUGGGAAGCUGCUAUUGGAUGUGGCUUCCUGACACGUGUUUACUGCUUAUUUGUUAUCUUUUCUUUGUGGACUUGACCCCUUUGAUGUAGGAACUGUAGGGGUAGCUAGCCUAGUUUGAGGGCCUGCUCUGGUCCCCCAGGCAAAUUCUUCUGGGACCCCAAGACCUGGCCAGUUUUCAUGACAGCAUCAACAAGAAGGAAAAAAUAGUGGGACGCAGCACUGGGGUUGGUAGGCCCAAAUUCCUGACAUGGAUGCAGAUCUUCCCUUCCCCAGUCAUUACACCAAUGACUAAUGCGUGGGGAGAAAGAAUGAUAGCCAACCAUGAUUCAUCUAAUCUGUAUGCUUCGGCUGUGGAAUGGGAUGGGGGGCAGUCUGCUGCUGUGCCUUUUGCAUGUGUGCAUAGAUGAGGCUGUGUUUUGAAUGUGUGGCGUAGAGGGUUGGACAGGGCCAUUAUAUACUAGCCACCCCAAAGUCCCAAUUAAAAAGUAAAAAAAAUGAGAAGGUCCUUAGGUGUCCUAGCUAUAUGGGGUGGGAAGAAUAGACACCCCUUCUUUCCACAGACUAGGAAAGAAAUUCAGAGGAAAUCCUCUCAAGAAAAUUAAGAUAGAGAAAGGUUAUAUGAAACAGCCCUGAGCAGAUGCCCGUGUUCUUAGAAUCUGCAUUAUAAACCCAGAAACUUGUCUCAAGGAACAACUGUUUGUGCAAUAAUAGCAUGUUCCUUUUGUAACUCAAAUAUAUACUUUCACAGCUGUUAUCCCAUCCCAUGCUGCAUGAAUUAUUCAGUUAAACCUUUGGUACUUUUUGCAGAUUUCAGCAACUUCCCCGAAUUGUCAGACCAAAUGUUCCAUAAAUUGAAAGGGAAUGCAUUUGUAAGGAGAAAAAAAAUCUUUUAUAGCUGGAAGGGACAAAAGCUGUCCUCCACCCUGUUAGUAUUUCAAAAACAAUAGAAGUGUUUGUGUGUGUGUGUGCAUGAAAAGUGUUUAAAACCUGUAAUAAAAAUUGUGGUUUUAAAACUAAGUGUUGAAACUUCACAUGGGUAUAUAUAUUUUUACACCUUUUACAGUUGGAGCACGGCGUUUCCGUGCGCUGCUCUGGUUCGCCAGAAGCGGCUUAGUCAUGCUGGCCACAUGACCCGGAAGCUGUACACCGGCUCCCUCGGCCAAUAAAGCGAGAUGAGCGCCACAACCCCAGAGUCGUCUGCGACUGGACCUAACAGUCAGGGAUCCCUUUACCUUUACAGUUGGAGCAAACUCCAAUCACUCAGCAAUGAUGUCUUUCAUUUCUCCCACAAAGAAGAGCUGUUCUCAGCUGCAGUGUUCAGCUUCUAAUCUCUGAGGCACUCUACUUCUCUGCCCUGCCCUGCCCUGAUUGUAUUUCCUCCCUUCUCUUCCAUGAUUCUCUCCUCCUUGCUGUCUCUUUCCUCUGCUUCCUCCUGCCUUUGUGCUUUCUGCUGUGCUGCUCUACUUUAUCAGCCUCCCCCCUCUAAUGGACAAGCCAGUUUCUUUUAAGAGGCUCCCCAAGUUUGGGUUAAUAUAAUGUUUCCUGCAUGUCCUGUCUCACCUGGAUCAAUUGCUGGCUAUCCUAACCAACUGCAAAUCAGGGGUGGGGAAACACCCACUUUUGCCUCUUCCUUGCCCAGCAGUGGGCAUGUGGCCCCAGAAGGUUGCAUGGCCCUUGGACUGCUGUCCAUUCCUGUCACUCUUCCUCUUCCAGGUCUAUUUGUUUUGCACUUGAUCUGCCAAUUGCAGUCCCUGAGAAGGUGCUUUUACCCAUAAGGAUGACAUAGACUAGUGAAAUAUAACUGGAGUGGGCUUGGCUGUCAGUGGAGCAGUGAUGCUAUAAUCAUCUGGUAGGAUCUUCCAUUCGAAGCUCCUGGAAGCCUUUCACACUUUGGACCGCAACUGACUGUAAGGGAAGGUUGAGAAAAGAUGUCCCGACCUGCUGUAGGCCUUCUGGAGCCAGCAGAGUGCUGGGCAAGGGAGGUUAGCGAGCAACUGUAUCUGCAGUCGGGAAGGAUUUCUGUUGUCUGCCAAAGUUGCUCUUGGCUGAUUGUCUUCCGCUAAAAUGUCAGCCCCAGGAACCUAAAGAUUUAGUCUGUUCAGAAAGUCAGAUUUGCCAAUUAACUUCUCUCCUGGAAUUUAUGCACCCAGCUGGUUCCCUAGAAGCUGAAGCAGACCCAAUACAACAAAGGCAGCGUGGCUUAGGGCUUUAGAAGAAAAUCACGAUAAUGCUCUUUUUCUCUCUCUCGGCAUCUUUCAUUCCAGUUGUGAAGCUUUUGAGCUGUUAUCAAAGUCCAGUGCUGGCAUCUAAAGACUUCUUUAACAUAUGUUUAAAUAAAGCAACUUUAUCUCAAAAAUCUACAUUAAAAUAAAAUCUAGAGAGUUUUUUUUAAUAAAAAAGAUGAUGUAAGUAAAAUGAUUUCCUCAAUGCUUAUAAUUAAUACUUUUGUCCUAGAAUCAGAACUGUAGAGUCAGAAGGGACCCCAAAAGUCAUUUAGUCCAAGCCCCUGCAAUGCAGGAAUAUCAGUGCACAGAUGGUCUCCCACCCAAUUUGAAACCAUACCGGAUCCUGCUUAGCUUUGCAAAUGUGCUUGCAGUUUUCCCCCCUCCACUUAAUUAAUGUAUGUAAAAUUCCCUUAAUUAAUUGAAUGUAUGAAAUUUUACUUCCUCUGAAAAGGCCCUUUCUACAUUCCCCAUCCUUGCAUAUGUUGCUAGUGUGCAUUCAUAAGACUAUUGCUGUCUUUCUACAAUGCUAACCUGAACUUUGUUGAGUCCCAUUGAUGUAAAUGGGGAUGUGCAUCAGCAUCCAAGGCUAGUAGACAUUAUGGAUAACUAUUUCUUAAGGAAGAACUGUAGCUCAGUGCUUUGCAUGCAGAAGGUCCAACAUUCAAUCUCUGGCAUCUCCAGGGAUUGCUGGGAAUGUUUCCCUGUCUGAAACCCUGGAAAGUUGCUUCUAUUCAGGGUAGAAAUGCUGAGCUGACUGGACCAGUGGUCUGACUUGGUGUAAGGCAGCUUCCUAUGUUCACAACUAUUAAAAGGAUCUAGGGGUCUUGGUGGACCACAACCUUCACAUGAGUCAACAGUGUGAUGCAGCAGCAGAAAAAGUGAAUACAGUGGUGCCUCGCAAGACGAAAUUAAUCCGUUCCACGAGAGUCUUCGUCUAGCGGUUUUUUCGUCUUGCGAAGCAAGCCCAUUGACGGAUUAGCGCUAUUAGCGCUAUUAGCGGUUUAGCGGCUAUUAAAGGCUUAAAGGCUUAGGGGAUUAGCUGCUAAAAGGCUAUUAAAGGCUAUUAAAGGCUUAGCAGAUUAGAUAAAGGGGGGGGAAAAGCGAAAAAAAAAAUCUCAAGACUCGCAAGGUAUUUUCGUCUUGCGAAGCAAGCCCAUAGGGGAAUUCGUCCUGCGAAGCAACUUCAAAACGGAAAACCCUUUCGUCUAGCGGUUUUUCCGUCUUGCGAGGCAUUCGUCUUGCGGGGCACCACUGUACUGUUCUAGGCUACAUCAAUAGAAGUAUAGUGUCCCGAUCAAGGGAAGUAAUAGUCCCCCUCUAUUCUGCCUUGGUCAGACCGCACCUGGAAUACUGUGUCCAGUUCUGGGCACUGCAAUUUAUUGACAAGCUAGAACAUGUGCAGAGGGCAACCAACAUGAUCAAGGGUCUGGAAACCAAGCCUUAAGAGGGUCUGUUGAGAGAAUUGGGUAUGUUUAGCCUGGAAAAGAGGAGGCAGAUAUGAUAGCCAUCUUCAAAUAUCUUAAGGGCUGUCACAUGGAGCAGGGAGCAUGCUUGUUUUCUCCUGCUCUAGAGGGUAGGACUUGAACCAAUGGAUUCAAGUUGCAAGAAAGGAAAUUCCGACUAAAGAACUUUCUGGCAGUAAGAACUGUUUGACAGUGGAACAGGCUCCCUUGGGAGCUUGGGAACUCUCCUUCAUUGAAGGUUUUUAAGCAGGGGUUGGAUGACCAUGUGCCGUGUAUGAUCUAGUUGAGAUUCCUGCAUUGCAGGGCAUUAGACUAGAUGACCGUUGGAGUACCUUCCAAAUCUACCAUGCUAUGAUUCUAUGAUUAGUAGUGUGUAGAGCAGUAUAGAUGUAGUUCAAGAGCACGGGGGGGGGGGGAUUUCAGUGGGGGAGGAAUAAGUGGUUCAAAGAGGAUACUAACUGGGAUGUCUUCCUUUUCUUGCUAUCUAUUUUAAGUUCCAGAAAUACAGAAGAAUGAAGCUUUGGCAGCCUUUAACAGCAGCUUAAUCAAGUACCCAUGUAAUAACUUUGGAAAACCAAGGGGAGAAAUUAAGAUCAACAGGAAAACUGUGUUUGGGACAACAACAUUGGUGCUGUCAGAUUUUGCUAGCAAACUGCCUCUGCCAAAGCAUAAUGGAAGCAGAAGUCUAACUCCAGAUGGAAACUCUCUGUGUGAUUCUUCACGAAAUGAUUAUAACAGCACCAACCACCAUGCUGUAAAUACACCCGUAUCAUUCUCCCAUCAAUAUAAUUCUUUAAAGCCGGCACAGAAGAAACAGAAGAUUGAUUCCUCAUCUUCAUCUGUUGGGGCAAUCAAUGAGAAUUUAGCAAUCAGGUUUGUUAAUUCCAGAUCUAAACAGGAUUCCUCUAAAGUAUAUUUCAUUGAAUGUGGACUUGAAAGGUAGAAAUUGAUGGGUGCAAGGCAAUGUUUAGAGGGAAACAUUGGUUUGGGGUUUAUUGCGUGUUUUGCUUUUGUAACUCAUGAAACAGAGUUUGUUGCUGCUGUGUGUCCCUUAUUUGUCACAGAAUCGCUUGUGACUCAGGCUACUUGUUAGAUCAGAAGAAAGGGCAAUUUACCAAGCGGCUAACUGCAGUGGCAAGAGAUUAGUUGCUGUAUCUUAGAAAUGAAGUGGGGCAGAAGCCCUGGAACUUUACAGAAUUUGAUGGUAGGUGCAAGGGGGCUAGUGGGCUUCUCUAUUGCACAGCAGAGCAAUGUAUUCCUUGCUGCCUGCUUCCCUACUUGGUAGCUCAGAAACAAAACUGCAUUGUGGUGUAGCAGGUGUAGCACCGUGGUUGAAAGUGUUAGCCAUGGACCUGGGAGACCAGGGUUCAAACCCUUACUAGGCCAUGAAGCCCACUGGGUGCCCUUUGGCCAGUCUAGCGUACCUCACAGGGUUGUUGUAGGGGUGAAUUAUUGUUAUUAAUUAAAAUUGUAUACCGCCCUAUACCCAUAGAUCUCAGGGCAGUUCACAACAUAAACUUGAGGAUGGAGAGAACCAGGUAUGCCACUUUGAGCCCCUUGGAGAAAAAGACUGGGUAUAUAGUCGUACCUUGGUUCUCGAACACCUUGGUACUUGUACAUUUUGGUUCCUGAAUCCCAAAGACCCAGAAGUAAGUGUUCUGGUUUUCGAACGUUUUCCAGAAGCCAAAGGUCCGACGCGGCUUCCGCUUGAGUGCAGGAAGCUCCUGCAGCCAAUCGGAAGCUGUGCCUUGGUUUUCGAACAGUUUCAGGAGUCAAAUGGACUCCCAGAAUGGAUUAUGUUCGAGAACCAAGGUUCCACUGUAAAGGUAUGGGGUGUAUAUAACCCAUUUGAGUAAGGAGCCAAUUAAACCCCCGUUACCCAAAGUUGGACCUUUGGGGAGGUGGCGAAGACUGAGAGGGAGUUGGAGGAGGAUGUCAGAGUUCCCAGGUAGCACUUUACGAUGUAUACAGGAGCGCGAGAAUAGCACCGCCGGGUGGAAUUUGGCCUUGACUUGUAGAAUUAUAGCAAAAGAAAGGUUGGCUGCUUCUAAAUCAAAGUAACAGGGAGCGAACUAACCUUGUUUAAACAUUAACCAUCAAGGAAGAUGCCCUUGUGCCUUGUAAGCGAAGAUGCUCUCCAACUCUUCUGGUGACGCUAAUGUUAGGGGAGAGUAAAGCUUCCCUGCCACCUUCAUAAAAUAUACUUUUCUGCUCCGCCAGUCAGACUUCCUCCUCUGUGGAACAUGAUUGGGAUCAUUAAAGUAGCUUUGAUCAAAGAGCAUGGAAAAUUGUCUCCGAAGCGGACAAGUAGGUAGAGAUCCCCAUGGCCUGGUCUAAGACACUUGUAAUAGCUUUCCAGAGGGGGAGACUAUAAUUGGAGGGAAUUGGACCUCGAGUAUAUCUUGCCGCUGCCAAUUCAGAAUGCCUUUUAAACAACAUGAAAGGACAAAAUUUAUGCCAGCGACACCGGAAUAGUGCUGUUUUAUAUUUUUUAAAAAUGAGAUAAAAUAAGAGGCCAUGCAAUUUUGGGACUUUAAAUUUGCCACUUGCCCUUCAGUUCAAUUGCCUGGAUGCUCAGCACAGAUUCCUUCAGUUUUAUUUAAAGAAAAAUCAAGUAGGGCAGGUAAAAUAUCUGGUUUCUCUAUUUUGAACCCUACACGUAUAUAACAAUUAUUGACAGCUGUGUACAAAAGGCAAGAGUGUUUGGUGGAAGGGAGGAAGAGUGUUGCUGCUGCUGUAACUAAUCCCUUUUAACUUCAUGCAGUUUUUAUUAUUAUUUUGCAACCUGUCAUUGCAGAGCACCUCCAGUUAAUAUGACAGAUGGUUCUUACACAUUAAAUACUGGCAACCCUCGCUGCAGUAAACACAGUCGCUGCUGCAUUCUUCGCGUGGUGAGGAAGGACGGAGAAAACAAGGGCAGGCAAUUUUAUGCUUGUCCUUUACCCAGAGAAGCCCGGUGUGACUAUUUUGAAGUACGUGAGAUUGCGUAGCCUUGCCGAGCACCCUUGAAGGGUACAACUUUUUUCCUCCAACCCAUUAUGAUUACUCAUGGGUUUCAUUCGUACUUUCGGUAUUAGUGUACUGGAAGGAGAAUUACAAUGUCACUGAUGAAGUUAGCUUUGCCUAAAUAACUUCUAGACAAAUCCUGGCCACUGCAGAAUGGUUUUCUGGGUGGAGUAGAGUCGUGGACUUUGAAUUCAGAUUUUACACUAAAAGGUUUUCAUUUAUUGACACUAUUAAGAGUUAAUAGGCACAUAGAAAGCUAUGGCUUAUUGAUAUCCCUUCCCCAGUUCUGAAAGCAGAAGCAGGGGGGAUGCUCCUGUCAGUCAUGAUCGGGAUUUAACUGCCUGGCUAGGAUGACUGCUUGCAGGGAGAGCACAAGAGGGGAUUUAUUUGAAGAGUGGAAUUGAUGCAGACAUGGGAGUAGAGAUUAUUCUUCAAUCAAGUAGCCAUUGCUGUCCUUGAAAAGCUGAAGAAUGGGGAGUUUGGGAGAGGGUUCUCCCCCUACUUCCCUGCCUCUUCAACCAAUAGCCAUCUAUGGCAGUGAUGGGGAACCUCAGUGAUGAGGUUCACCUUGGGCCUCUUGGUCAGGUCUUCAGCGCUCUCUCCAGGCCACAGACCUGCUUCACAUCCUCCUGGGAUGUUUUCGCCACAUUGUGGAAUGUGUGGUGGUACCUCCUGCCUGCUUAGAUGGAGACAGGUUUCUUCCUUCCAUAUGCAGAGUAAAUGUAUGGAGGAAGGAGCAGCACUUUCUUCUCCCAGACGGCAUUGCAGCUUGUUAAAAGGUCUGAAAAGGGCUCUCUGUGCAAAUUAGCGGUAGUUGCUGCAAAAAAAGUCAAAAAAAAUCUAAGAGUCUCUUUGUAUGGACCUUGGCAUCCUUUUCAGACCUACCUCAUGGGACUGGGACCAGCAGAGGACAGAUAUGUUGGGAGUGGGGUCAGUGUAUACACUCCUCCCCUCUCCACAUGUUUAAUAUACACAUGGAGGGAAGUUCUGAAAGGGGAGUAAAAGGCCCUCUCAACUAACUUCCAAAGGAUAGGCUGAACGCAACAUACAAUAGAUUAUUUUCACGUGGGUUUUGUUCUGUUAACACAGCAAUUGCACUGGCCUCUGCUAUGCAGUAAGAGGUGCAGUAAUGUCAUUUUGACCUUCAGAUUCUGAAAAGGGAGAGAAGGAAGUUGGAAGUGUGGGGAAGUGAGAUCUAUUGCUAUUCAGCUAUGAGGUACCAGAACUUUACUUGGAUAAAUUGAACCCAUGUUGCCUCCAGAGUCAGAUAAGACUCCCGAAAACUGUACUCUCACAAAGUCAAACCAGUGGAGCUCAGGCAGUGAAACAUAUAGCGUAUUUGAAACAGAGCCAUUUACCCUGAUUAUUAGCAGUUGCCACCUACCUGGCAGAAUUAAAGUCGAGUUUCUUGCCACCGGUCUAAAAGAGGGAUCUGAUGUUAAAAGGAGAAAUGAUUUCUCUCUACAGUGGGCAGACCUGCAUUUUCCCUUCUGCAAUCACAGGAAGCGCAGCAUUAUGAGGACAGUGUUGAAGAUUGGUCCUAAUAAUGGAAAGAAUUUCUUUGUGUGCCCUCUUGGGAAGGAUAAGCAGUGUGACUUCUUUCAGUGGGCAGAAAAUGGUCCAGGAAUGAAGAUUAUCCCAGGAUGCUGAGCAAUUCAUCUCCAAUACACCAUCUGACGUUAAUCUUCUCAAACUGUGUGUACAAUGCUGCUCUUCUCUGGGAGAUACUUUAGGAGGGUCAUGAUCAAGUGGUAUCUUGCGAUUGCAAAUCCAUCUAGAUUAUACAUUUGGACAUGCUUUCUUUUGUUCCCUCCUUCUAACUGCCUCUGUGAUUAGUUUUAUAUAUCUAACACUAGAAGCUCUCAUGUGGAAGGGUUAACAUAUCUGAACAAUACCCGGCCGUAUCUUUUGUUGUCUUGUUUCCUGCCACCCCACCCCACCCCAGAUUGCUUAAAUACAAUCUUCAGGAAUUAUCUGGAUUUAGUUGUCUCUCACAAUGUGCUACAAUCUGUCAACAAAACAUACAUUUUUAGUCGAAGUUUGUACAUGUUGUUUGUCCUUCAGCACUUUCCCCCCAAUCCCAAUUCUUAGGCU